UAUUUCUCCGUUGCAGGUGAUGCCGAGAAGCAUUCGAAGUUGAAUGACUCACGCAUCUUUUCCAUGAUUGCGGAACAGGAUUUAGACCUUGGCUCAGGCAUAGCAGCUAUCGUUCGGGAUGGAAGGUGUGCCGCGAUAGAGGUGUGCGUCGCGUGAAGUGAAGUAAAGGAAUACCCGUGUUGACUUCGGAUCACUGUGUGUUUGCGGGUCAGAGCCGAGCGUCUGUAUUCUCUUUCACAACCCGCUAUUGGUGGUGGUCGAGGUGGCGUCGACGGUGAUACGCAAGUGUGCAAACGUACGCUCUGAACUUCUCACGCUCAUUUAUGGCUACGACGAAAGGAACGGAUCUCCUCAACAGUAGGAGAACGGCGUUGCAGAGCAAAAGGGAAAUGUUUUUCAAAAACGAGACCUUUUCGCAUUCUUCGUCGAACAGUGUGAGCCAUUCUACGUCCGCGCAAUCGUCCGCCAGUAUGAGCACCGUCCCUGUUUCAAAUCACCGCAACAGAGAAAACGGUGCACCUGGGAAACCGGGUCAAGCCGAUAAUAUCGAAAUCCAUACCGCGGGGGAAAUCAGGCUAAAAAUUGGCACUCGACUGAGAAGUUCGCACACACAGGGCGAGGAAAAGAGAUUAAGAAGUAAAGGGAAAUAA